CCGCGAAACCGCGCGAGUCUACUAGUAUCCCGCGCACCACAGCGGACUCAUUGGCACUCUCAAUUUCGUGUGCCCAUUACCUCUCUGUAAACCGUGCCGCCGGUCGGACUCGCCGAGAGCCGCAUAGAAAGUGCGCUUCAAAAUUGGAUUAACCCCGUGAGUGAGCAUCCGCAAGAGGCCCGCCGUUAGAACGCUCCACCGCCAUCCAUCAUGAGGGAAAUUGUGCAUCUUCAGGCUGGCCAGUGUGGCAACCAAAUCGGAUCUAAGUUCUGGGAGAUCAUCUCCGACGAGCACGGCAUCGAUCCGACCGGACACUACCAUGGCGAUACGGACCUACAGCUCGAACGUAUCGACGUGUAUUACACCGAAGUCAAUGGCAAUAAGUACGUACCGCGUGCGGUGCUGGUUGAUCUGGAGCCGGGCACCAUGGACUCUGUCCGACAGUCACCUUAUGGAGCCCUGUUCCGACCGGACAACUUCGUUUACGCGCAGUCUGGAGCUGGAAACAACUGGGCCAAGGGUCACUACACUGAGGGCGCUGAGCUCGUUGACUCAGUUUUGGAUGUAAUACGAAAGGAAACGGAGAACUGUGACUGUCUGCAGGGCUUCCAGCUGGCACACUCUCUCGGCGGUGGUACCGGUUCCGGUAUGGGUACGCUGCUUAUAUCGAAAAUCCGGGAGGAGUAUCCUGAUCGCAUCAUGAACACGUUUUCCGUGGUUCCGUCCCCAAAGGUGUCUGAUACCGUAGUAGAGCCGUACAAUGCGACGCUCUCCAUUCACCAGUUGGUCGAAAACACCGACGAUACUUUCUGUAUUGACAAUGAAGCUCUUUACGACAUCUGCUUCCGCACGCUGAAGCUUACCUCUCCCACAUAUGGGGACCUAAAUCAUUUAGUAUCUGUAACGAUGUCCGGCGUAACGACGUGCCUGCGAUUUCCGGGACAGCUCAACGCGGAUCUUCGCAAAUUGGCCGUCAACAUGGUGCCGUUCCCUCGGCUACACUUCUUCAUGCCAGGCUUUGCACCGCUGACCGCCAAGGGCUCCCAGCAGUACCGUGCGCUAACGGUACCGGAACUGACGACGCAAAUGUUUGAUGCCAAAAACAUGAUGACGGCGUGCGAUCCUCGCCACGGUCGCUACCUAACUUGUGCAGCGAUUUUCCGAGGUGCGAUGUCGAUGAAGGAGGUUGACCAGCAGAUGUUCAAUAUCCAGAGCAAGUACAGUGGGUACUUCGUUGAGUGGAUCCCAAACAAUGUGAAGGUGGCCGUGUGCGAUAUUGCACCCCGGGGUCUCAAGAUGUCUGCCACGUUCAUUGGCAACACGACCGCGAUACAGGAAAUUUUCAAACGCAUUUCGGAACAGUUCACGGCCAUGUUCAGACGGAAGGCGUUCCUUCACUGGUACACCGGCGAGGGUAUGGACGAGAUGGAGUUCACCGAGGCAGAAUCGAACAUGAACGAUCUGAUCUCGGAGUACCAACAGUAUCAGGACGCAGCGGUGGAGGAGUACGACGAGAUGGAAGAAAUCCCCGAAGAGGAGCAGCCACAGCCGGAGUAACCUAACCGCUGCGGGUCCAAUGGUGGGUUUUGGACAACAAAGGUGCCACGAUGCAAAGCUGCUAUCAAUUAACGAUUCUUCGUCGUGGAUUUCGUAUCCAUGCUUCAGAACUAUACGUAACAUGCCUUGCACAAUAAAGUGUUUAUGAACGGA